AUGGGAUUGGGAUCUUUGCUGAGAAUUGCAACGAAUGGAAUUUCUGGGAAAUUGGCACGUUUUGUUGUGAAUUCAUUCAACCCAUCAGAUAUAAAAAUCCAUCUACCUAAUGCAAAGAUAGACAUAACACCAGAACUUGUUCAUGAUUUGCUUGGAAUUCCUCUAGGUGGAAAAGAUAUAUAUAACACUGAUCAAUGUGAAGGAAAAGAAUUAAUGGACUGGAAGCAACAAUACAAUUUCAAGGCUAUGAGACCAUCGGAUGUUGAAGAGAAAAUUAAAGAAUCAUCAGAUUCAGGGAUUAUUUUCAGAACAAACUUUGUAUUACUGUUUGUUAAUACCAUUUGUGAACAGAAUAAGCCUGGAACUUGUAAGACAACAGUAUUGCCACAUUUGUUAGGCAAAACACCUAUGAGAGAAAUUGACUGGUGUGGUUUUAUAACCAAUUGCUUGAAAAUGUCAAGAGACGACAUGGGAUUAAACCGAUAG